AUGGAAAUUGCAUCAUCAACACAGGAGCCUCUAAAUUCAGAACCAUCUUUCACAAUCAGAGGAUCCCACAGCGAAAUUUUCUUAAGAAGUGUUUCAAAUAAGGAGCCACCGUUUACAGAACCCCCAUGCAUACCCCCACGGCUGAGCACCACCGCUCUCUCUCUAAACCCUCUCUUCUUUCUGCCUCCACCGCCACCACGCCACCACCUCUCCUCCUCCACACCCACCAAACUACAUGACCUGCACACAACUUACAGAUGCAUUUCUUCCGUACUUAAAAAAGAUGGUCAAAUCUUGUCCAUUGCAUUGUCCAGUGGGCUCGCGUACACCGGCUCCCAAGGCAACGUCAUUCGAAUAUGGAAGCUGCCGGAGUUUGCAGAAUGUGGGCAGCUUAAAACUAAAGCAUGCAUAGCGGUUGCAAUAGAAGUAUCGAAUGAUAAAGUUUUUGCAGCCUACGCUGAUUGCAAAAUUAGGGUUUGGCGCCGGAGUUGGGACGGAAUUAUCAAGCACGUACGGAUAGCAACGAUACCGAACACCGGAGGUUACGUCCGGAGCUACAUCACCGGCGGCAAGGACAAAAUGAUGAAACAUAUGGGGCCAAUAUCAUCACUGGCUAUCAAUGUAUCAUGCGACAUUUUGUACUCAGCAUCCCUUGAUAGAACAGUAAAAGUUUGGAGACUCUCCGAUUUCAAAUGCAUCGAGACAAUCCAAGGCCAUCCCAAGCCAAUCAACGACAUUGCGGUGGCGGACGAUGGAGUUCUUUACACUGGAUCCGAUGACGCGGCCGUUAGAGUAUGGCGGCGCAACUUUAGUAACGGGGAUCCUCCCCAUUCCCUCAUUGUCACCGUAACGGCAAAAUGUUCUCCGGUCAAAACUUUAGCACUAACGGUAGAUGGAGGGGUGCUGUACGGUGGUUGCACGGACGGCUACGUGCAAUACUGGCUAAAGGGGUGCUUUUCCGGACAGUUGCAAUAUGGUGGUGCGCUUCCGGGGCACACUCAUGCUGUGAUGUGCUUGGCCAGUAUCGCUAAUUACAUCGUGAGUGGCUCCGCUGAUGGGACGAGCCGGAUUUGGAUUCGGGAACAAGAUGGUCGACAUGCUUGCAUUGGUGUGCUUCAGGGUCAUAGAGGACCUAUAAGGUGUGUGGCUGCCUUUCCUGAACGCAUAUCGGAGGAUAGCGUCGAUGAGGGUUGCACUAUUUGCACAGGUAGCCACGACGGAGUCCUUAAAGCCACGUGGAAUUCGUGGCUCCAUCUCAACCCCUUCACUGGAGCUUCGAUCGCUACUGGAGUCAUCAUUUUUCAGCAGCCGCUGGAUCCAAUGACACAGCAGGCGAAGAGCCACGAGAAUUCCAAUGAGGAUCAAGGCCGAAAUUAG